AUGGAAGCGCAUAAUGUAGUUUCGUGGUGGCUUGUUUUGAUGGUUGUGAUCUUGUCUUGUGGCUGCGGCGGUGUCCAAGCAGCAAUGGCGGGGAUGUUUCCGGCUUCCGGCGCCGGAAAAAAAGGGAUACAAAUGUCUGAAGGUGUUGGCCUGGAUGUGGACUUGACGGCUGGCGGGUACGAUAAAGGCCGAGGCUAUGGGCCUGGGCGGGGUUAUGGCGGCGGCGGCGGUGGGUUUGGAAGUGGCGGCGGCGGAGGGUUUGGCAAUGGCGGCGGCGGAGGGUUAGGUAGUGGCGGCGGAGGAGGCUUUGGAAAUGGCGGCGGUGGUGGGAGUGGGAUGGGUAAUGGCGGCGGCGGUGGUGGUGGAUUUGGUUCCGGCGGCGGUGGGUUUGGAAGUGGAGGCGGAGGAGGCUUUGGCAAUGGCGGCGGCGGUGGAGGUGGCGGCGAUGGAUGGAGCAACGGAGGCGGGGGCGGUUCUGGUUCCGGGAUGGGAGGAUAUGAUGGUAGCGGUGGGUCGGGGUAUGGUGACAAUGGUGGCGGUGGCGGAGGGCAUUAG